GUUGUAAAAGACAAUGUAAUACGAGAUCCCGUAAAAAUAAACGUACGAUAUGGGCCGAAGGAUUAUAAUGAAUCGUAGCUAGCUGUGAAGACCAUAGCAAUAUUCAGUAAACUCCCGGUUAUAAAAUUCAACACACACUGUUUAGAUAGCAUUAAGGAAGCCUGUAUAUACCGGAUUUUAACCCGUUUAAAAGCGCAUCUGAGAAAAUUGUACAUUAUAUUCAAUAGUCGCCAGGUAAAGAUGACAUUCCGUAUAGAAUCUGAUUAAUUUAUUGUAAUCAUAUGAAGCAAAUUAAAGGUAAUACAAAAGAAAAACGUAGUUAUGCAACAUAAAUGGAUUGUGGAUUACCCAUAUCACAGGAUUCCCUUCUCGGCUUUGGCAUUAGUAACGUAUUAUAUCGCGGACUUAGAAAUCGAAUGCUUUUCACGGAAUCAUAUCAAAUCGGUCUCUACUAACUAGAAUAGUAUAAUUAUGCGAUAUCUAGAAAAUUAACUGAGGAAAGUGUAAUUUCACAACAAAGUGCACCAGGACGGAUGUAUUAUUUAUUUAUUAUGGAAAUAUGAAUAUGUAUCAAAACACUCAGGAAAAAUAAAGGCACUACAAACUGACUUGUUUAUGCGGAAGAGAUUGUUGAUUUGGUUGAUUUGCGGUCAGUUUUGAAUGAAAAUAAUUAUUUCUAGUGUACAGUGUGAAUCGAAUCGGAGUGAUAGGGCUUAAUAAGAUAUAGGUAUGAUUAUACACUGAAAAGAUGAGAUGCAGAUUUACCUGUUGGAUAUUUUUAUACAUACUUGACUCUGAGAUACAAGUAUAUGGACGUCUGUUCAAUAUUGGAUUUUUUGCUCCAAGAGAUGAGGAUUGGGUGGCAGCGUCCUCUAGCGUCGGGGCAUUUCUACUCGCAUUGGGGCAUACUGAAUCAGGACCACUGGCCGGACAUACAUUCAACAUCACGUGGAUGGAUUCUCAAUGCUCGUCAAAAGGUGGCGUGAUUGCAGCAUCCGAUCUCCAUGCUGUCCUGCCCAAUAUAGACGUGUUUAUAGGCCCGCCGUGUUCAUCAGCAAUGAGACCAGUAGCUCAACUGGCGUCACAUUGGAGUAUCCCUGUAUUUGGUUGGGUCUCCAGUGAUACGGACUUGGAAGACAAACGUAUUUAUUCUACCCUAGUCAGGUUGUUGGGUCCUCUUAAAGGAUUUGGCUCUAUUGUUCUUAGCAUGUCACGUCUGUUUCUAUGGCAAACAUUUGCAAUCAUUGAAUCAGAUAACUAUAUUGAUGAAGCGGUCGCAGCUGCCAUUAAGACUACAUUGGAUCUUUUCCCGGGUGCUGUAAAAUAUGAGAAGUUCGUUGUGUCUGCCAGUUCAACUAAUGAACAAAAACAAAGUACUUUGCUAAAGGUCCGAGCUAAAGCUAGAAUUAUCUUGUUUGCAUUGUCCUGGUUUGACAUACGAGAUUGGGUGUUGGAAGCAUAUAACCUUGGCAUGACGUCAGAAGAGUAUGCCUAUUUCGUCAUCGAAGACAACUUAUAUAAUAUUAAUAACAUGAACUACCUCAUUGGUGAUAGAAUAUGGAAACGCAAUGACGUCAAUGAUGCCAAGGCUAGAGAAGGAUUCAAGGCAGUGAGCCAUAUUAUUCAAGACAACAUUGAUCCGUACGAGAUGCUAGAGUUUGUUAAUUCUGCAGGGAAUGCAUCUAAAACGUCUCCAUACAAAAGUCAACUCCCAGCUGCUACACAGAGCGACAGUUACGCCCCCUAUCUAUACGAUUGUGUUAUGACAUGGGCCAAUAUUGCACGAGAAGCCAUUGACUCUGGAAUGGAUCCGAGCAACGGCACUUAUAUGCAAAAUCGGGCAAGAGAUUACCAUAAUUCAGGUAUCACUGGGGACAUCGUAUUGGAUGCAAACGCAGAUCGGGUGACACACUUUAAGAUACUGAACAUGCAACCCAAUGGUAGAUACGAAAUAUCAUACCAAGUAAUGACUCCUACAAACUCAACUCAGAUGCCCAACGUUACAUCAUCUAAGCCAUUUUACUGGGCGGAUGGGUCGACUGGUUUCGACAAUGCGCCCGAUGAUGUUCCAAUGUGUGGGUUUAGUAACGAAAAGUGUAAAGAAGAUGAAUAUAGAACUAUAAAGAUUGCAAUACCAUCAGUUGGUGCGGCAAUCCUGGCCUUAUUAUUUAUAAUAUCUGUACUAGUCACUCGGAAGAUGAAAAGGUUGCGAAUACAAAGCAUGCCUUGGAAGCUAAAUCCCGAAGAGCUGAUUGACUCUCAAACAAAUAUACCAAGAUCAACAUUUCAAAGCAUCAUGUCUAUCCAUGAUAAUGACAGCCAGGUUACUCUCACUCAAAAGGGUUUAUUUUCCGAUAAAGGAUAUACAUUUGCUAAGGUGGCAAAUUAUAGAGGCUCACAGGUAGCUGUUAAGGCUAUACAUAAAGAUGUUAUACAUAUGACAAAAGAUAUUCUUAUUGAGCUGCAUACAAUGCAUAGUAUGAAGCAUGUACACGUGUGCUACUUUGUGGGUGCAUCCGUUGAACCAAAUAAUAUUUUUGUAUGCUGGGAGUAUUGUUCUAAGGGAAGCCUUCAAGACGUCCUUUGGAAUGAUAAUAUUAAACUCGACAAAAACUUUAAGAUAUCACUGGCGUUCGAUGUCAUAAAAGGACUUGAGUACAUCCACAACACCAGUAUCGGUUACCAUGGUAACCUAAAAAGUUCCAAUUGUGUGAUAGACAGUUAUCUAUCUUGCAAGCUCACGGACUUUGGAUUAAGACAUUUUAGGAAAGGAGAGGCCCAAGUGCUCGAAGAUGAAUUCACAAAUACAGAGCAUGUCAAAUAUAAAGAAUUGUUCUGGACUCCCCCUGAAGAUCUCGCUAUUAGCUUAGAUGAAAAGACAGGGACCAAGCCAUCAGAUAUGUACGCCUGUGGUAUCAUUAUCAAAGAAAUACUCUGUCGCAAUGGUCCAUACACAGAAUUUGAAGAAUUAACACCAAAAGAAAUUAUCAAUAAGAUUAGGGAAGGGUCGGACAAGGAGUUUUUCAGGCCUUUGCUCCCUGUGGAAGUGAGGAAAGAAUUCCCAAAAUGUUCUAGUCUUGCCAUAAAACUCUGGAAUGAACUUCCCGAGACGAGGCCAACUGUAGCUGAAGCUCAUAAAAUUAUGAAACGGUGCUCAAGUAACACAACAGUUGUUGAUAACAUGAUCAAUACGUUGGAGAAAUACGCUAACAACUUAGAGGACAUAGUAAUUGACAGGACCAAGCAGCUGGCAGAGGAGAAAACAAGGUCUGAAGCACUACUCUAUAGGAUGUUACCAAGAGAUGUUGCCGAAGAUCUGAAGAAAGGAAUUUCAGUCAAGGCUGAGAGUUUCGAUAGCGUUACCAUCUACUUCUCUGAUAUUGUAUCGUUUACAUCCCUUUGCGCUCGUAGUACACCAUAUCAGGUAGUGGAUAUGCUGAACGCCCUAUAUACAAUAUUCGAUGCGAAGAUAUCUAAACAUGAUGUAUACAAAGUAGAGACGAUUGGUGACGCCUAUAUGCUGGUCAGUGGUCUACCAAAGAAAAAUGGUGAGAAACAUGCUCAGGAAAUAGCAAACUGUGCGUUGGAAAUCAGAAACGCUGUGUUAGACUUCAAGGUUCCUCAUGUACCUGAAUAUUCCCUUAAAAUAAGAAUAGGUCUUCAUACUGGGCCUGCAGUCGCUGGUGUUGUAGGACUGACAAUGCCACGAUAUUGUCUUUUCGGGGAUACUGUCAACACCGCCUCAAGGAUGGAAUCGAAUAGCUUACCAAUGAUGAUCAACAUGAGCGAAUCAACCUUUCAAUUAUUACAACAAACAGGAAGCUAUCUUAUACAGAGCAGGGGCCAAAUUGAUGUGAAGGGGAAAGGAUGUAUGAAUUUGUACUUUUUAAAUGAAAAAGUUAGACGAAACAACAACAGCAGUAUUGAAACAAGAGUCAUUUCAACACAAGACGAUCCUGCUCGUAAUCACAAAAAAACUAUCAAACAUUCAAUUGGAGAGAAUACAAGACAUACACCAAACAAAUAUCGCAGUAUUCCAAACAAUGAUGACAAUAUACCAAACUGUGAUGACAAAACCCCAUACAAUCAUGACAAUACACAAAACGAUGAUGACAAUAUACGAAACUAUGAUGACAAAACCCUAAAGAAUGAUGACACUAGAUCAAAUCAUUGCCAGUUGAAUGGAGGAGUUGUGGAUGGAGGAGAUGUGGAGGAGUUGCUUUCUUCUAUUUCAGACGGUGAAAGGUCGACUCCUGUUGUUGUAGAGAUUUGAUCGGAUACCUCAUGUUUUUAUUUAAAUGUUUAUUUAUCAUGACAUGUAAUAAAACAACUUUGUCGUUUUGUAAAACUUUUUGUUGGUUUUAAAAUAAGGUGUGGUAUACAGGGUGUUUCAGAAUGGGCGUACCCCGUCAAUCAACAAUCUUAAAUUGCAUAUACCUCAGUCCAUGUGUUAUAUAUCAUAUCUUGACUUAUUGAGCAACAAUAUCGAUUAAGCUCAGCAGCUUUAACUGCAUACUACACUACACAAAUAACAACCCCAUUUUUAAAAAAACUAGCUGUGUUUCCUGGUUAAAACCAAUGAUAUCCAAGGCUGGGAGUAUUCUCUAUAGUAAAGUACCAACUAUAUCAUUUGAUGAAUGCUAAAUAUAUAUCUUAAUGCUAUUUUAA